GGUAACCUCGUAAUUUCUCACAAUAUUCUCAAGGUGCAUGAAUAUACAUAUUACCAAAUUAGGGUGUCAGUUAGUCAUGAUAAGUCGCAGGUGAUCAUGGAAUUUGCAAAUGUGUUCACGCCUACUUCUACGGAGGAUCAGUUGCAGCAUGUUGGGGACAUGGUUGAGGAAGGGAUCCCCACGGACGAGGUUGUCGUCGAUCCUUCGAUGGAAGAGAUGUUUGAUCCCGUUAACAUGGAAUUCGUGGAGCUGCGAAGUGUUCUUGCUGACGGAGGCGACCACUAUGGCGUCUCGGCCGUGUCGUUCGAUCUACAGGAAGAACUGUUGUGGAUGGGUAAUCAAGGGGGCCACAUGACGAGUUACUACGGGUUGGAUCUGCGGAAGUAUACGUCAUUCCAAGUGCACCCGGAGUGUCACGAGGUGCGGCAGGUGGUCAGCAUCGACGGGGGCGUGCUAUGUCUCACCGAUAACCUACUGCAGUGCAACGCCAGGACGGGCAUGUGUCUGUUCAAAUUCACUGAUGAUAGGAUAAUGUCGGACAUGCAGACGAUGGCCCUCACACAGCCGACGAACCUGCUCAUGGGUGGCAUGCAGCGCACGAUGGCGGAGCUUGACCUUACCACAGUCAGGGUCAUCAGAGAGUUUAACUUUGCAGAGGACUGUGCUAUUCUCAGGCUUUCGAAUAGAUACGCCUGUGCUGGCUCUACAACUGGCAAGAUCAGUCUGCUGGAUCCUAAAUCGUUGAACGUUGAACAUACUCUCGAGACACACAGUGGCACGUUGUCUGAUUUUGAUGUCAGUGGGAAUCUCCUUGUUACCUGUGGAUAUUCGAAAAGGAUCGGCACAGUGGACAGAUUUCUGAAUUCGUAUGACCUCAGGAUGAUGCGUAUGGUACAGGUCAUUCCAGUGCACAUAGAUCCAAUGUUCCUUCGAUUUAUGACCACUUACACAACACGCAUGGUGGUGGUGUCACAGACAGGACAGUUCAAUCUGGUUGAGCCAGACCCCGGCACGCCACCAAGCUUUGUGUACCAAGUAAACACGCACGGUGGAAUAAUAAAUUUUGAUAUGUCACAGACUUGUCAGGCAAUGGCCUUCGGAGACAGCACAGGAGCAGUACACCUGUUUGGCACAAGCAGCGAGGACGUGUGCUAUAACACCUUCUCUGACGAUACUGAGUUUGCUCCUACAAAUGAGCCGUUGCUUCCGAUAGACAUUGAUGACAUGCUGACACCGCUCUCAACGGUGCCCAUGCCCUACACGCAAGAGAAGUUGCUCUCUGAUUGGCCACCUCAUCUCUGCAGGAAACUAUACAGGAAGGCACCCCUGGUGGAUUCCGACGUACUCCGUACCAUGAAGGUUGUACAGUUCAUCGGCUAUGCACCGAAUCCUGGAACACGUCUUAGAAAUCAGGUUCCCUACAGGAUGGAUAAAGGAUCAAAGGGAAGGCAGAGGAAGAGGAGCGUACCUGAGUCCCCUCUAGGGCGAGGUGAUGAUCCAUUCCUUGCUGUGCCAAAACGAUAUCGCAGAGUAGAAAUGAAAUACACAAAGCUGGGCGUGGACGAUUUCGAUUUCAAGCACUACAACAAGUCGCCUUUCCCGGGUCUGGAACCGAUUCUUCCCAACUCAUAUUGCAACUCUGUACUUCAGAUUCUGGCAUUCAUAGAGCCAUUGUCGAACUCGCUGCGCAGUCACCUGUGCUCGCGGGAGUUUUGCAUCGCAUGUGAGACUGGCUUCCUAAUGCACAUGCUUGACACAGCAAAGCCGGGAGAGACCUGCCAGGCGACGAACUUCCUGCGAGCGUUCAAGACGCUGCCGGAAGCGUCCGGCCUCGGUCUCGUGCUCAACGAGAACGUCGACACGUGCAAGGUGAACUACGCGCGCCUCAUCCAGAGCUGGAACCGCUUCAUCCUGCAGCAGAUACACAACGAGACAGUAAAAGAAGAGCCAGAAGCUGCCUUGCCAUCAGAACUGUCACAGGGCUAUUUCGAUACAUCUGGGAGUUCCAUCAUUAAGGACCUGUUCAACACAAACGUCGUGAGUACCACCAGAUGUCGCUGUGAGCGGGAAAUAUCCAGAAACUCCUCGUCACUGCUCUUCACACUUCUGUAUCCUGACUGCCAGAUACAAGGUCUGAACAAGCCUAUGCAGAUAGCAUUCGGCGAGGUGCUACGUAGCAGCAUGUGUCUGGAACACACCACCCAGGCAUGGUGUGAGGAUUGCGGGAAGUACCAGCCGACUGUGCAAAGCAAAAUUGUAAAAUGUCUACCAGAUGUCUUGACUGUGAACUGCCAAGUGGAAAGCCAGAAGGACUUUGAAUUUUGGAAAAUACAGCAAGAACUGAGAGCGGAAGCCAAGAGGAAUAAGACAGAGGAAGAGAAACCUGUUUUACAAUCAGGCAUCACAGCGGCAGAGAGAGGGCCAAAACCAUGUCGAUAUGCCAACAUGUGCACUCGCAAGGACUGCCGAUUCGCUCAUGAGAAGGACAAAGUAGUAGAGUUUGAGGAUCCGGUAGACAUGAUGGGCCUGGAUGACAUCAUUGCACCAUGGGUGCCGCCUGGGUUAUGUCUUGUGCUUGACAGCCAGCGCAACCUGUGUGUUCAGGAGCUAUGGGAUGAUGAUGACAGCAUUCCGAGUGACUCCAGCUCGACCACGGCCUACUACGAGUUGAUGGGAGUCAUCGCUGAGGUCCACGAGUCGAAGCUGAUUGGCUCACACCUGGUGAGCUGCGUGAAGGUCGGCCGCCGCUACCACCAGCGCAAGACGGGACAGAUGCGCAGCUGCUGGUACUUGUUCAACGACUUCUGCUUGUCGUGCGUAAACAAGGAGGAGGCGCGCCUCUUCAACCUCGACUGGAAGGUACCGUGCGUGCUCUACUUUGUGCGCAAGGACAUCAGCAAGCGCUUCCAGGAUCCCGUCAAGAACCCGAUCACGACCGACGUGCUGCUUAACGAGGCGUCGCUCGCGAAGAGCCGUGGCCGCGCCAUCAGCUUCGCGCCGCUGCAGCCCAACGAGCUGCCACAGGCCGGGGACCUCGUCGGCCUCGACGCCGAGUUUGUCACCCUGAACCAGGAAGAGGCAGAACUCCGGAGCGAUGGAACCAGAUCUACUAUCAAGCCAUCACAGAUGUCGGUAGCAAGAGUGACAUGUGUCAGAGGGCAAAGUCCCCAGGAGGGUAUGCCUUUCAUAGAUGACUAUAUCUCAACACAAGAACAAGUAGUUGAUUAUCUCACCAAGUUUUCGGGAAUCAAGCCAGGCGAUCUUGAUGCUCAAUUCUCCAACAAACAUUUGACAACGCUCAAGUCUACAUACAUCAAGUUACGCCAUCUAGUGGACGUCGGCAUUAUAUUUGUGGGUCAUGGACUCAAAAAGGAUUUCAGAGUGAUAAAUCUUGUGGUUCCUCCAGAACAGGUGAUAGAUACUGUGCAACUGUUCCACUUGCCUCGGCAGCGCAUGAUCUCACUCAAGUUCCUAGCCUGGUACUUUCUAGGCGUGUCUAUCCAGUCGGACAUGCACGACUCGAUUGAGGACGCGCGCACCGCGCUGCGCCUUCACCAGAAGUACGAGGAGAUGCGCCGCGACGGCGACGACGUCAGCACCGAGGUGAAGAUACGUGAGAUGUACGAGAAGGGCCGCGCGCUCCAGUGGAAGGCCCUCGACGGUGACCUUGACGGCGGCAUACCCGCCGACAUACUGCAGGACAUGUGAUUGGCCGCGAGGUCAAAGGCUGCUAUUAACCACCUUGAGGGCGGCAAACCCGUGAGGUCGAAGGUCGGU